UUUGCAUCGUUGAUAAGAGUUUCCCUAUGGUUUGAUAACGAUAUAUAAGUAAGCGCAGUGAUUAUCGCUUUUCGGUUGGAUAGAGUAUGCUCCACUCUCAGUCUGUAUCUGUGGUUGGCUGCACAACACUUGUUGAUAUGGAAUAUUUUUGAAGUGCAUAUUGUUCAUGAACAAACUGUUUGUACUUGUAUAUGUGUAUAAUAUAUGAAUAUCAUUUGGUUUGCUAAGUGAUUAUAUUAUAUAUCAAGUGUUUAUGCGGUUUUACAACCCGCUGUAUUAAAUAGAUAAAGAGUCCAGCUCUAACGCAAAAACAGCUCAUUAUAGUACGAGAUGGUGAACGUCACGGAAGAUAUUUUUGCCACGGCUGCAGUGAAUCCAUUCACCAAGAAAACGGAGCAAAUACGACGCUUCACGCUGCGCAAUGAGGAGCAAAUGACAGUCCAGAUAUUGACGCUGGGCGCCACCAUCAGCAGCAUCAAAGUACCUGAUGCUCAAGGUCAUGUGGAGGACGUAACGCUGGGAUUUGAUAACUUGGCCGGCUAUCAGAGUGCCCAGAAUCCCUAUAUGGGCGCAACAAUUGGUCGUGUCUGUAAUCGCAUUGCCAAUGGCCGUUUUGUGCUCGAUGGCAAAACGAUUCAAGUGUCCCGCAACCGAGGUGAAUUGACGCUUCAUGGUGGAUUCGUUGGAUUUGAUAAAGCUCACUGGGAAGUGGACCAAAUGUUGGCCAAUGGCGUUCGCAUGAAGCACACCAAUCCCGAUGGCCAUGAAGGCUAUCCCGGCGAGGUGACAGCAAUAGUUACAUUUACGCUCACCGAAGACAACUGUUUGCACGUCGUGAUGGAAGCAGAGACGACGAAGCCAACACCCGUUAAUCUCACCAAUCACGCCUACUUUAAUUUGGCUGGCCACAAAGCAGGCAAAGCGGAGCUGGAUCAACAUGAGGUUCAGAUAAAUGCUUAUGGCAUCACCGAAACGGACUCAAAUUCCAUUCCCACUGGCAAAAUUUUGCUUGUGGAUGGUGGCAACUUUGACUUGCGUGUGGCCAGCAAACUGGGUGAUCGCCUCAAGCAACUGGAACCCGCAGUGGGCUUCGAUGACAAUUUCUGUGUGAAGUUCACGCCACCAGCUGCCAUCACUAACAUUGCCAGAGUGGUGCAUCCACCAAGUGGACGCUGGUUGGAGAUUGCCAGCAAUCAGCCGGGAGUGCAAUUCUACACCUCGAACUUCUUGCCAAAUACAGCGAAUGGGGAGACUCCGGUGGCAGGCAAAGAAGGCGCUGCUUAUGCCAAGCAUGGUGGCUUCUGCUUGGAGACGCAAAAGUUUCCUGACUCCGUCAAUCAUGAGAACUUCCCUUCAACCAUUCUGCGACCCGGGGAAAAGUAUCGCCAUGAAGUUAUCUACAAGUUUGGAAAGCUGAGCCAAUGAUUUUACAAAUCAAGGCGAUCAAUGAAGUAACAAGUGGCAAAUAAUAUAUAUGCAAUUUAGUUGUAGAUAUCCAUUAUAUAUUACAUUGGAUAGUAUAGAAACCAAGUUUUACUAAUAAACUGCAAGCACGUUAAA